CCCCGGCAGUGAGUGUGUUUGUACCGCCACACGGAGAAGGAGGAGGAGGAGAAUGCUACCAGCAGCAGCAGGGAAUGGAGAAUGGGGUGCCGUGACAGAAUGGUGGACUGUAUGAGCCGAGUCAUGCUGCACACCGCCCUCUCCUGCUGGCACCCGGGGCUGCUGGGCCUGGUCCUGGUGGCCGUCUUCGUGGGCUCGGCACUGGGCUGCCCGGCCCGCUGCGACUGCUCCGCCCAGAGCCGCUCGGUGCUGUGCCACCGGAAGCGGCUGCCGGCCAUCCCCGACGGCAUCCCCAUCGAGACGCGCAUUCUGGACCUCAGCAAGAACCGCCUGCACGCUGUCAACCCAGACGACUUUGCACCCUACACAGGGCUGGAAGAGCUGGAUCUGAGCGGCAAUAACAUCCUGUAUGUGGAGCCCGGCGCCUUCAACCUGCUUUUCAACCUGCACUCGCUCUCGCUCAAGAGCAACCGCAUCAAGCUGCUGUCACAGGGCGUGUUCACAGGCCUGACCAACCUCACCACACUGGAUAUUAGCGACAACAAGAUCGUCAUCCUUCUUGACUACAUGUUCCAGGACUUGCGCAACCUGCGCUCGCUGGAGGUGGGUGACAACGACCUGGUCUACAUUUCGCACUGGGCCUUCAGUGGCCUGCUGGGGCUGGAGUCGCUGACGCUGGAGCGCUGCAACCUCACCGAGGUCCCAAAGGAGGCACUGUCGCACCUGCACGGCUUGCUCAGCCUGCACAUGCGCUACCUGAACAUCGGCGCACUGAAGGAGAACUCCUUCCGCAAGCUCCACCGGCUGCGGCACCUGGAGAUCGACCACUGGCCCUCGCUGGACACGUUCCCGCCCACCGCGCUCAAUGGCCUCAAUGUCACCACGCUGUCCAUCACCCACACCAACCUGAGCGCCCUGCCGCCACACGGCCUGGGUCACCUGACCCACCUCACUCACCUCAACCUGUCCUUCAACCCCAUCCGACACAUAGGUGACGCCGUGUUCCAGGGGCUGGUGAGGCUGCAGGUGCUGCACAUGGCGGGGGCUCACCUGAGCGUGAUCGCGCCGCACGCCUUCCACACACUCUACCACCUGCGCGUGCUUAACGUCUCCCACAAUCGCCUGGAGACGCUGGAGAUCAGCACGUUCCAGUCACCCGAGGUGCUGCGUAUCCUGCAGAUCGACCACAACCCCCUGGUGUGCGACUGCCGCCUCAUGUGGCUGCUGCAGAAGCCCCACACACUGUCGUUUGGCGAGGCCCAGCCCGAGUGCAGCCCUGUGGAUGGCAACCCGCGCGGACGCCCUUACAAGGUCAAGGAGGCGCUGCACUCCAACCACGUCACCUGCAUUAAGCCCAAGAUCGACCGCAACAAGACCCAGCUGGUGUCAGUGGACGAGGGCCAGCGCGCAUUCCUGCACUGCAGUGCCAAAGGCAAGCCCACGCCCGUGGUGUCAUGGUUGUCCCCGCGCCGGCAGCCCGUCAAGCAGAGCAACCGCCGCUUCACACUCCACGACAACGGAACCCUGGAGAUCCGGCCCACAGAGGCACAGGACGGCGGCGUGUACGUAUGCGUGGCAUCCAACACAGCGGGCAACGACAGCGUUUUGGUGUCACUGGCAGUGAAAAACCUGGGCUCGCUCUACGCCAACAGGACCCAGGUGUUUACAGACCAGGCCAACGCCACUGCCAACGGAACCGCCCCGCCCAACGUCCCAUUUGGCCUGGACCUGAAGACGAUUCUGGUGUCCACAGCCAUGGGCUGUUUCACUUUCCUUGGUGUGGUUUUGUUCUGCUUCCUCCUCCUGUUUGUAUGGAGCCGGGGGAAGGGCAAGCAUAAAAACAACAUCGACAUCGAGUACGUCCCACGCUCUAAGUCCAGCGGGGGCGGGUCCACAGAUGGCACGGACCAGGGCGCGGGUCCACGGCGAUUUAACAUGAAGAUGAUCUAACGCUGAAUCAAACACGGAAUUACAGGAAUUACCAAUGUAGGAAUUAUGCAGUUGUGGAAUUCUUUUAUUUUUGUUUACUUGUUGUUUUUUUUUGUUUUUGUUUAUAUUGGAGCCUUUUUUGGGGGAGAGACCCAAGAGAAGAAGAGUAACUGCCACAGUGGCAUCCACAAGGUUUGCAGACUCUACUCGUUGUGGAUGUUCUGUUCUGAUGCCUUCAGAGUACUUCGUAUGCACUGGCUGAGGCGGAAAAAGAUUUGACUAUUACAAUACUGUACCAGGAGGCAGCCGCCGGACGUUAUAAAUGAGCACAGGAUACACUCGUGCGGUUGGUUGUCGACUUUUAACACUUUAUAUAUACCCACCAGGGAUCCAUUGUGUUGAAAUUCGAGGAUGUGGCGGAAUCAUGUACAGCGGAUAUUUGUAAUUUAAAAAAAGUAUUACUGUUACUUGUUGUGGCCUGCGCCAUGCUUGCUCACGGCAGUGGAACGCUGGCCUCAAAUACGUUGCCCUCCUCUCAUGCUUUUUUGGCAUAUAUGUACGUAAUGAUCUAUUAUGUAUAUGUAUGUAACACUUGUAUACAAGCCCACUUCUUUUUUUGUUAUUUACAUUUCCUUUUUUGUUGUUUACUUUUGUCUUGCUAUACCCAUGGAGCACAAUAUCAGCAGAUUCUGUCAUUCAUCCCUCAAGUCGAGGACCAAGCCAAUAUUUUACACCCGACUCUGUUCAAGAAAUGAGAAAGGGCUUUACCCAGUGUGUGCAAGGAGACAUUAGAAGGAGUGUGUAAGGUUCCUAAACUUUCACUUGGUUUCCCAUCCCCAUGCCCCCCCCCCCUCCUUGAAAAUGUUGCUUUUUUCGUCGGUGUCACAAAAAUAUGAAGAGAAUUUAUUUAUCAAAAACGCUUUGAGGUUUAAAGUGAACAAAACAAUGAUGAAUACUCUGAAAUUGUUUAAGAAUAGAGCAUACUUUUUUGAUUAUAUUGCUGAAUUCAUAAUGUUGAGAAAAAAAACGCUCAUGGAUCACUUGUCAUCAUCUUGUAUUUUUUUAACCCUCGGAUCCAUUCUCUGGUGUCAAAUUGUCCUCAUCUCGGGAGUGAAACGGACAUCACAUCACAAAAAAAAAUUUGGACUUUGCUGUGGUAGUUUCUCAUUUUGUUGUUGAAUCAUUUAGAUUGUGACCAGUUCAAAGU